AUGGCUGCUGCUGCUACACUCAACCUUCUUCUUUACCUCUUCUGGAUUUCUCUCUUCUCUGGAUCUUUGCAACUCUGCGUAAAGGAGGAAAGGAAGGCUCUGCUGAGUGUGAGAAGUGGUUUCCCUGUUGUCGACAGAGGGCUAUCUCCAUGGGAGGGCGAUGACUGUUGCAGUUGGGAACGCGUAGGAUGCAACAUCAUAGGUCAUGUUAUAGAACUUGACUUCUCUUUAAUUAUUUAUACAUCUGAUGAUGUUUUCAUCAGAAACGAGGUGCAUCCUUCAUUGUUUCAAUUGAAGCAAUUGCAGUAUUUAAAUAUAAGUGGGAACGGCUUUGGUGGUCGUCCAAUUCCUGGCUCGAUUGGUUCUUUAACUCAAUUGCAGCGCUUGGACCUUUCCGAAUGUGAUUUUGGAGGAGAAAUUCCCCUCCAACUUGGCAAUCUCUCCCAUCUACGUCAUUUAUCUCUAUCUGAUAAUCGGAUUUCUGGAAAAAUCCCGGCAUCUUUUGUCCAUCUCAGAAAUCUGCAGUUCCUGUACCUGAACACUAAUAACAUCAGUGGAGUGAUACCAGAAGAUAUUGGAAACCUCAAAAACAUACAAGGCUUGUUCCUCCAUUAUAACUGUCUCGAAGGUGUAAUACCGAAGAGCAUAGGAAACUUGAGUAAACUGUCAAGUCUGGUCCUUUUUGGUAAUGAAAUUGUUGGAGGCUUACCAGAGACUAUCGGCAACCUAACUGCAUUGCAGAAUUUGAAAUUAUUAUCUAAUCAGAUUAGUGGGAAGAUACCAGAUUCAAUUGGAAAUCUCAUUCAGCUAGAAUUUCUCGAUAUCCGUUAUAACAACAUAAGUGGAUCGAUCCCUCGUACCUUAGGAAGUCUAUGCAACUUGAGUGACAUCUGGCUCUCUUAUAACAGUAUGACAGGGGGACUUGCUGAAUUCUUUGAAGAACUAUCAAGAUGCAGAACUAACAAACUUCUUGCCGUUGACUUGCAUAGCAAUCGGUUAAGUGGACCCUUUCCGAGUCAUUUUGAGAGGCUUCAAAGAUUAAUUUAUCUACGCUUUGGUUUCAAUCAAUUGAGUGGCUCAGUUCCAGCAUCCUUGGGGAAAUUGUCUGCAUUACAGUGGUUAGACCUAGAGUCAAACCACUUGGUUGGAGACAUCACAGAAGCCCACUUUGCCAAUCUCACAAAUUUAUAUAGCAUGGAUAUAUCUGACAACAACUUGUCAGUCAAAGUGAGCCAAGAUUGGCUUCCACCAUUUCAAGCAAGAUAUAUCUUAAUGCGCUCUUGCAACUUGGGACCCAGAUUUCCUACAUGGCUGCAGAACCAAACCAGUUUACAAACGCUAGACAUAUCAAAUAAUGGAAUAUCAGAUGCUUUUCCUGAUUGGUUUUGGAGCAUGUGCUUAUCAGAAAUGCAGCUAAAUGUUUCUCACAAUCAUAUGAGAGGGAUGUUGCCACACUCUUUAGAAUGCUUCAAGGAUGUAGGUUCGUUUGAUUUGAGUUUCAACAACUUUGAAGGCUUCAUACCAAGAAUGCUUGGUGAGUUUAGCAUUUCCUAUUUGAUUUUGUCCAAUAACAAAUUGAAUGGCAGCAUUCCGACUUCCAUUUGUACAAUAAGAGACUUGCAAAUGGUAAACCUUGCCAAUAAUGAUUUAUCUGGAACACUCCCAGAUUGUUGGGGUAAUGCAUCAAGCCCAACGAUUAUUGAUGUUUCCAACAACAAAUUAUCCGGUGGCAUUCCCAAAACAUUUGGGCUUUUAGCCAUACUGCAAUCACUGCACAUGAAUAACAAUAGUUUAUUUGGUAUAAUUCCCUCAACUUUACAACACUGCACUGAACUUGUAGUUAUUGACUUGAGUUGGAAUAAAUUGUUCGGAACUAUACCCAACUGGUUUGGAAGGAGACUAUCAACAUUGCGAGUUCUUUCUCUAAGGUCAAAUAAUUUUACUGGUGCAAUUCCACAACAACUCUCUCUGAUCCCAUCCCUCCAAGUGCUAAACCUGGCUCACAAUAAUCUCUUUGGCUCUUUGCCUCCAAGUUUUGGCAUGUUUAGUUCCAUGAUGACGAGCCAAAACAAAAAUGAAUCUACUCCAUUAUAUGAUGGUUCCUUUUAUUACAAAGAGAGUGUUAUGAUAACUGUUAAGGAUUUAGAUCUUCUAUUCACCACUUCGCUUUCAAUUGUCACCGGCAUUGACCUCUCAAACAAUAAUCUUUCAGGUGACAUUCCUAUAGAGAUCACAAACCUCCAUGGCCUUCGCUUCCUCAACUUGUCAAUGAAUCAUUUCUCAGGUAACAUACCAGAUAAGAUUGGUCUUAUGGGUCAACUAGAAUCCCUUGAUCUUUCAACAAACAACUUAUCGGGUAGAAUUCCAACGAGCAUUUCAUCUUUGUAUUCUCUGAGCAUCUUAAAUUUAUCCUAUAAUAAUCUUAUUGGGAAAAUACCAACGGGCAGUCAACUACAAACCUUCACCAACUUAUCUUACAUCGAUAACCCUAAGCUUUGUGGGGAGCCACUCCAAAUCAGGUGCCCAGGCGACAUCCCAACCAUUGAUAAUGGAGUAACAAAAGAGGAGGACAUGCAUGAAGAUGAUGAGUAUGAGAGAAUUUGGUAUUUCAUUGGCUUUGCUCCUGGAUUUGUGUUUGGCUUUUGGGGAUUUAUAGGUGCAGUUAUGAUCAAGAGGAGCACAAGAAUCAAAUACAUCCUAAUCAUUGAUAGGAUUUGUUGUUGCUUUAUGUAUAUGUAA